GUUUGGCGGUAGUUUGCGAGAGGUUCGAAGUCGGUCAAGUCGAGCUGUGUCAGGCACUUCGGCGUGCCGAAAUUUCGAGGCAGUUCUAACGGAGCAAUUUUCGAUCGUCGUGAUAAUUUCACUUAGAAUGACGAUUCUCGCUUGUCGUGCAGUGGCUUGUUGGGGAGAACAAUGGUUUUUCAAAUUUUGCUCGAUUGUAGUGCAAAAUAUACUCGGAAGUGGACUAUCGAUUGUUAACAAAAGUGCAGCCGUGCCCGAAUAUUCCUUUCCGAACAAUUUAAAUGCGUUUGGCGAGUGGACGAGAUGAACGCGACAUUUUCAAACCGAUUUUUAAAAGGUGCGGGGAAACUGUUUUACCUCAUCAACCCCAAUGAUACGACCUUCGAAUAUUCGGAACAAGUGCCGGAUUAUUGGCAAGAGAUAUGGUUGCCGUUCUUUCUGUUGUUAAUUUUGGAGCAGAUAGCAUUGUAUAUAAAGUAUAACAAGAAAGUUCGCUGGAAUGAACAAGUGACCUCUCUGUCCCAUUGGAUAUUCGAUGAAACUGUUCGGUCUUUUUCGCGCGGUGCUGAAUAUUAUGUAUACAUCCAAUUGUACAAUAAGUUUCAUUUGUUAAAUUUAGCUUGGAAUGUACCAUCGACAUGGAUCAUCGCCGCUUUGAGCGUGGAGUUUUGUUAUUAUUGGGCUCAUCGUUGCAACCACGAAGUGGCUUUGCUUUGGGUGUUCCAUCAAGUGCAUCACAGUAGUGAGGAGUUUAGCCUCGUAGUCGGUUUGCGGCAAUCUAUUAUGCAAAGCUGGUGCAACUUUAUAUUUUACUUGCCCCUCACUCUGUUUGUACCUCCGUCGCACUUUAUUAGCCAUAAACAGUUUAAUUUAAUAUAUCAACUGUGUCUACACACGACACUUAUUGGUAAUAUACGAGGGUUUGAUUGGUUUUUCAAUACAGCUAAACAUCAUCGCGUUCAUCACGGUUGCAAUCUUUAUUGUUUGGACAAGAAUUAUGGUGGCGUGUUCAUCAUAUGGGAUCGAUUGUUCGGCACGUUUCAAGAAGAGAAGGAAGAAAUUGUUUAUGGCCUGGUGAUUAGCUCUGAAUCAUUUAACCCAAUCUAUCUGCAAUUGCACUACUUAAAGGCAAUGUUUAAAAAGAGCGCAGCGAUGUAUACUUGGUGGAAUAAAAUAGAUACUUUCUGGAAGGGACCCAGCUGGUUUCCGGGUGCGCCGCGUUUGGGUCUGGACCAUUAUAAGACAUAUACGACGCCUAGGUAUGUGUAUGAUCCCUACACACCUACGUGGCAACUUGUAUACAUCCUUUUUCAUUUUGCUGUGAUUCUUGUCGAUCAUUGUCGACUGCAGGAUGCGGAUAUUUACAACUCUCAUGCAAUAUAUAUGGCAUUGAAUAUUUUAUUCGCUCUUACCAGCAUUGGCUUACUAUUUGAUAAAGAUAAUAGGGUUGUUCCCCUAGAAUUUGUGCGCUGUAUACUUUUCCUGUAUAUUAUGCCGUGCAAUGAGUCUGUGGCGAAUAUGUGUGUCUAUAUUUUACAUGUUUUUUCACUUUGCUGCAUUUGGAUACCUUCUCUAUUCAAGAUAAUAAUGGAUAAUACAUAUCAAUAUUCAUUAAUGCUACACGAUCGUUCGAAAAAGAUGAAGGUACAGACGAGUAUAAGAAAAAAAAUUUUAUAUGUACUAAAGGGAAUCUUUCAAAGUAAACAUUUUAAAUAUGACAUAAGUGAGGCCCCGAACUCAAAGAAAGAAUUUUCAAGUAAUUUAAGUGUAAAUAAAAACAUAUAUCCGGAAUCAGAAGCGUCGAGAAUAAAAAGACUUUUCUUGAGUCAUUAAAUAAUUAAUGAAUUGAUGUGUAUGAA